GCUAAUGUUUGUAGCACCGGGUUAUACUCUUACUGCAUGUGUCAGUCACAUUCUUUUAGUUAACCCGAAAACUCGAACUCAACAGGAACAAUUACAUCAACGCAACGUUUUUAUAAAUAUAGAUAUUUAUUUUUACAAUGAUUAUUCACCAGGAACGUUUCUGUUACAGCAGAGAGCGGAUGAGCUAGCCGCCAUGAUUUUAACUCAUUUUUCCUCUUCUGCUCAUUAGCGUGACAUUUUAAUAAAACCUACACUGCCUGUCGUAAUGGUUGGACUGUACCGGUACGUGAUGUUCAGCCAAGUGCUUAAAUUUAACAAACAACCGGGUCUGACACAGGUGAAGAGAUACUUUUGCAUUGUGCCUCCUGUCCAGUUCAGCAGACCUGGCAGCUUUUUGCGAGCUGAAAACAACACAGCCAUAACACAGGCAACCACUAACCCAUGCACGAUGGCAAGUCAGGCAAAGAAGUCCUGUUCAAGGUGUCUGUCAAGUAAAGCUUCAUCUCAAGAUGGGAAAGCUCGAGUAAAAAGAGUUUCCAUUGAAGGCAACAUUGCUAUCGGAAAGUCAACCUUUGCCAGACUCCUGCAGUCAGCCUGUUCAGACUGGGAGGUGAUGGCAGAACCUGUCAGCAAGUGGCAGAACAUUGAGAGUGAGACCUCGAAGGCGGUUGAUGAGCCCCCCCAGAAGACAGUCAGCAACCUGCUGCAGAUGAUGUACCAGGAGCCCCAGCGCUGGUCAUACACAUUUCAGACAUAUUCAUGCAUGAGCCGGUUGAGAACACAGCUGCAGCCUCCUCCAGCUCACCUGCUCCACUCAGAGGGAACACCUGUCCAGGUGUAUGAGCGCUCAGUUUACAGCGACAGGUACAUCUUUGCUUUGAACAUGUUUGAGCUGGGUUGUAUCAACUCAACAGAGUGGGCAGUCUACCAGGACUGGCACACCUUCCUGGUGGAGCAGUUUGGACACCAGGUGGAGCUGGAGGGCAUCAUUUACCUCACAGCCCAGCCAGCGAAAUGUAUGGAGCGACUGGAGCAGCGGAGAAGGUCAGAGGAGCAGGGAGUGAAACUGGAAUAUCUGGAGAAGCUUCAUGUUCAACAUGAGAAGUGGCUUGUUGAGAAGAGCACUUUAACGCAUUUUGAGAAGUUAAAGCAGAUCCCCGUGUUACAACUUGAUGCCAGUGCAGAGUUUCAGAGUGACCCUGAGGUGCAGAAGCAGUUUAUUACAAAGGUGAAGAGUUUCUUCGAUGCUCUGUGAAAGGACAAUCGUCAGCUAAGACCAACACCAGGAAACAGAUGAGCCAUCAUUAUGACCUCAUUUAGUCAAGUGUGUUAAUAGACCUUUGAAAACACAAUAGACUUUUAGAACAUAUGAAGUAAUUCAUGUACAUGAAACACUCAAAGGGAAACUUCUCGACUGUUAGACUGUAAGUUUUGAGUCGUUCUGUCACUUCUUCUACUGUCCGUUCAUCUUAGAAUGGUAAAAACUAUUUAUCAUAGUAAAUAACAAUAAAUAAAAUAUGUGCAAUUCUCUACUGUGAGCACAAGGAAACUCAGUUUACUGAAGAUCACAUAGGUUUUUGUGCGUGAUACUGUUUUAAACAUUCCUGACUGCUUGGAACAAGGAAAUAAAGACGGGUGUUGUAUUUGUUCAGGUGUUAAAAUAAAUAAAAAUGUCCUCAUUUUGUAAAAACAAA